AUGGGCAACGCGUUUUCUUUUAACGGAAUGGAGUCUUCCCAAGAGGAAAAGCAAAAAUCUAUGCUCGAAUCGAUACGUGAGAUGAACGCCAACGAAACCGGUUUCGACGCCGUCAUCGUCUGUUGCUCGACCGAACACCAAGCGACGUACUGGGGCGAACGGUUGGUACAAACGCGAGGGUCGGCGUGUAAAAAAGACGCCUUAGUUUACGCCGUGUGCGAGGACUGGACGAACAAAGACGGCGCCGGGAACGGAUUGGGCACUUUGUACGCGUACGCGAAGGCGAAAAAGUUGGCGGAGGCGAAAGACGCGAAGGAUUUGGAUUUGAUUUUAAGCAACGGCGGGUCGAUCGGUUUGUACCACACGGCCGGGAAAGGGACCAGGUUAGCGCCGUUACCCGGGGCGGAGAAUAACAACAAACCUGGGGUCAAGUUACCCGCGGUGGUGGAAGUCGCCGGGGAAGCGAGAAACUUGACCAUCCUCGAGGCGGUGGUGAGACAGACGAACAGGUACGCCAAAGAGCGACCGGGAAGAGUCUCCGUGUUUUGGGGCGACCAGAUUUUCAUUCCAUCCGCAGGGCACAACAAAUCUGGCGAACACCACGCGGAUAUUUUAGCCGUCAUGGGCCCAAUGCCGAACGAAACAGAGUGGAACGAGAAAGGUUUCUCCAACUACGGGUUAAUCGCGGUGAACGGCGAGAACGAGGCGACGCAGGUUGAAAAAGUCAGCCACGCGACCGCGUCGGAGCUAUUGAAAUCGUUCGGAUCGGUGAAACAAGUCGGUCCGAGUUUAGGAUCGUUUUCACUGGGCCACGAAAUGUUAAGUUUGAUGUUGAGCGAGUUCGAGAAGGAGUUGGCGGGGAAAACCGCCAAGUUUGAUUCCGAUCCGCACUUUUGGAUGCCGUUGACGAUGACGAAAGAAAACUACGCGAAGAUUAUGCAAACGAAAGAUGAGACGCGAGAGCAAGCGGAAGCGCACCACGAUCGCAUGACGAAGUUCAAACAAGCUUUGUUGGAGCAGUUUCCUGAGAAGAAGUUGUUCGGCGCGGUGGACGUCGGCCAAGGCUCGUAUUGGUGGGAUUACGGCUUGUUGAAGUUGUACAGAAAGAACAACUUGAUGGUGACUGGAGACGAUGCCGAAGCAGAGGCGUUGAGAUUGUAUUUGAAUAUCCCGAGUCGCGACGUGAAGUUGGCAAACUUUCAAGCCUCUAUCGACGACGAAUCGAACAAGUCAGUCAUCGUCGCGUCCACGGCGAAGAGCGGGUCGGUGAAAUCCUCCGUCGUGAGUAACGUCAACUGCGGCGACAUUCAGGUCGAGAACUGCUUGUUGGUCAACGUCACCGCGAAAAAAAUCAGAGCAUCGAACGCAAUCAUAUAUAACGUCGUCGACGAGAGCGACGACGGGUUGAUUUUACCGGACGGCCAAGUGUACACGAACGUGUUCAUGCCCAAGUCCAAGGAGAAGUUGACGAUGACGAGUACGAUAUCGCAGUGCGGCGGCAAAGUGUUCAAGAUUAAAAUGGCCACCAACCCGCACUCGUUCAACGACGUCUACGCGAUGAAUGGUGAGACCGAUGUCAGAGAAGCGUACGCGAUGGGUGACAAAGCACACGCGGAUUGCAAGAAAAAAAUGUAA